UUCUAACGCACGAAUAUCCAGACACGUCAUAUACGCUCUGAAUUGUCCAAAUUUGCAAGUUUAUGUGGAAAGGCAUUGCUGGAUGCAUCUCGUCGGUGGUUCAGGUUCUGCAAGAAAGAAAGGAAAAGACAAAAUCGCACGAAUUAGUGGAAGAGCUAAAAAAAAUAGGCUUCAUGUUAAUUAUAAUAAGUAUAUUCAAUAGUGACAGAAGUACCUUGGUUUCUGAACGCGCUUGUAGCAAUUAGUAGAGCGUGCUGCUGGUGUUGCACUUGCGUAAAAACAAAUAUAGAAGUUCUGCAAUAAAUCAGGACCUGUCAUCAACCGUUCGUUGCUGUAAAUUAAUACUGCAUUGUCCAGUUAGGUUAUUUUCUUUGGCAAGCAGCUGGCCUCAAAGCACAUUAUGCACACACACACAUAUGUACAUAUAUGGAUUUUGUACAAGUGCUGACAGAGAAUUUUGCAGAAUUUGUGUGAACCUAAAAAAGAAGCAAGGUGUCAGAUAAAGGCAGAUAAAGCAAAAAGAGGUGUAAGAGUUAUGUAAAGCAUCAUGCAACAUGUUAAAUCACAAAUCAGUCAGAAAUCAAAACAUGUGUGGGAAACUAUGCUAUUUAUAACAUCAGUGAUACGAUGAUUAACAUUGGUAUUCUACAUGGAAUGUGCUGUAACAUAAAGAGCAGAAUCUUGUAUUGAAUUCUACUGUUAUAACAUAUGACAUCUCAGAUGCCGAUGAUCAUGGCGCAGAAAGAAGGCGAGCAAUACCCGCUUCAUAAAUGUAUAUUUCAAGGUGAUGUGAAAACAUUGAGUUCUUUAAUUAGGACACAUGACAUAGCUGAGAAGGAUAAACAAGGAAAUUCACCUUUGCAUUUAGCUGUGAUGUUGGGAAGAAAAGAAUGUAUUCGAUUAUUGCUUGCACAUGGUGCGCCUGUAAAAGUGAAGAAUCUAGCUGGUUGGAGUCCAUUGGCUGAAGCAAUUAGUUAUGGAGAUAGACAUACCAUAUCAUCUUUAGUACGUAAAUUGAAGGAACAAGCAAGAAAGCAGAUGGAAGAAAGGAGGCCAAAUUUAGUUGCCGCUUUGCAUCAAAUGGGCGAUUUUUAUAUGGAAUUAAAAUGGGAUUUUCAGAGCUGGGUACCAUUAGUUUCGAGAGUGUUGCCGUCAGAUAUAUGUAAGAUCCAUAAAAGUGGAGCUUCAAUUAGGAUGGACACUACUCUUGUAGACUUUAAUGACAUGCGAUGGGAAAGGGGUGAUAUAUCUUUCAUCUUCAAUGGUGACCAAAAGCCCAGCCAUUCAUUGACUGUCCUUGACAAUAAAGCCAAACUUUUCCAAAGAGUGAGAUAUGAGGAAACAGAACUUGAGAUAGAGGAUGAAGUUGAUAUUCUUAUGUCUAGCGAUAUCAUGGCAGCGCAAAUGUCCACGAAAAAUAUCACGUUUUCUAGAGCACAAACGGGGUGGAUUUUUAGAGAAGAUAAAAGGGAAAUGGUGGGCGCCUUCAAUGCCGAUUUUUAUCAAAUCAAUGGCAUGGUACUGGAAAGUCGAAAGCGUCGUGAACAUUUGAGCGAGGAAGAUCUUCAAAAAAAUAAAGCGAUCAUGGAGUCUCUUACGAAGGGCAGUUCUCAAGGGUUUAAAAAUGGCGAGCCUCCUAUGAGAAGAGCAUCGUUGAACCCACCGCCAGAAUCAAAUAUAACUUGGGAUGAAUAUAUCAUUGCGCCACCCGGCCAGUGUCCGCUUUUAGGAAGAAAUCUUGUUUAUAAAGAAAGUAGUAAAUCCUUCAAAGCCACUGUGGCGAUGAGUCCGAACUUCCCCCUCACUGUCGACAUGUUACUCAAUGUUUUGGAAGUAAUCGCACCGUUUAAGCAUCUAAGCAAGUUACGGCAAUUCGUACUCAUGAAGUUGCCCCCUGGAUUUCCGGUCAAGAUCGACAUACCGAUUUUGCCUACAGUCACUGCUAAAAUAACUUUUCAAGAGUUUGCCUUUCGAAAUGACAUAGAUCCAGAAUUAUUUCAAGUGCCAUCAGACUACUUUGAAGAUCCAAUGAGAUUUCCAGACUUAUGACGCUUCGACAUCCUAACAUUAAUCGAGGUCCAGCCUAGUUGGUGUCUGUUUUCUUCUGUGCUAGAAGACAAUCUGACUUUCGAGAUUUGGUCCAAUCUGGAAAGCAUCCAAGCACUCAAGCCAUUGUGUGUUGUUCAUUAAGUAACUUAUCAUUAUAAUUCACUCACACCUAACAGCGAAUAAUGUCGAGUAUUUCGGGACGUUUAAUAGAAAAGUAAAAUUACAGAAGAUAAAUUUGUGCACUAAAAUCAGAUAAAUUUACACACGGCAUCACUAUUUACUACCUAAUCUUAAUUACGUUUGUCUACUUAAUUUGCCAAGUAGACUAACACUUUUAUGAAGAGAUAAAGGUUAUUUACGUGUCGUGCUACAUUCGGGAAAAAAUAUAUAUAUUGCAUACGAUAAGCGAUAUAACAUACUUUCUUAAAAUACCGUGUGAUCUAAAUUCUCAUUUUUUAAAUUUGCUUGGAACUUUCUUCUUGUGCUGACAGUUCGAUAUUACAAUACCAGAAAUGGAAAACUAUAUACAAUUUACUUCCACAGUAUUGAUAAAUAAAUUCUUGUCAGUAAUGAUAGUGAACAAAAAGAACAAAUUUUGAUGUGUGCGUGUAUAGUGACAAAAAAAUAUUCGUAUGAUUUUUCGUUAUGUGAUAUCAAUAUGACACUGAAAUGACGAGGUAGGAGGCUUAAUAAUUAUUGAAUCGAGUGAAAUAGAUACUGAAUAUUGUAGUAUUACUAUAUUAGUAUUUUGCACUUUUCGCAAAUUAUCAAUCUACUCUAAUCAGCGAAGAUAACUGUUUACAUUUAUUUCUUCGCUAUUUUUACAAGCAAUAUGUAUUUUUACUAUUAGAAUUUUGAAAAUGCUAUAGUAUUCAAAAUUGAACACAUAAAAAAAUAUUAGUCUAGAAUUCUCCAUUAUUAUCGGUUCACCGGUUGUGUAGCUUGCAUUGCAGUAAUUAUAAUAAUUCUCUUUUAGUCCAAACAAUGUUUUCGAAUGGAACUUGCACGAGCUAUCCUUGCACGAAUCGGUGCAUAAAGUCAUUCUUAAGAUAUAUUUAAAAUAUAACGAUUCGUACUCAUACUGCAUUCAAUACUUUACCGUUGUUAUUUAAUUAUGAAUAUUUUAAUUAUACAAAGUAUUGAACAAUGUGCUUGCAAACUUCAUCUUCGAAUUUUUUCAUCAAUUUGAAGUAGACUCUUCUUCGGUAAAAACUAUUUCAUUUUUCUAUAUAUUCUUAAUUUUUAACAUUAAAUUCCUAAAUUGUUGAAAUA